AUGGCUGACACAGUCAACCCGCAAGUGCCCAAGGGCGGGCCCUCAUCGAGCACUGGUGAGCCUGCGCAGAAAAGUGAAGACACAGCAAACUGGCAACAAUGGUCAGGGGCAGUCUUCACAAACGCCAAGGCCGGAAUGGCUGGUGUGGACAAGGACAAAGUCAAGGCCGUUGUCUACGAAAUGUCCAAGGACUCUGCCCACUUCAAGAACGAGGAGAGGAAGCAAGCCCAGACUCAGGAGAGGAUCAGGAAAAUGCAGGAGCGUGCCAAAAUCCUCAGUGCAUCCAAGAUCGCAGGGCACACCAAGGCAAUGGAUGCCAAGCUUGCUAACCUCAAGGCAGAGAUGGAUCUCACAAGAACAUGGGUGCACGUGGACAUGGAUGCAUUUUUUGCCUCUGUGGAAGAGCUAGAUGACCCUUCACUGAAAGGAAAGCCCAUGGCGGUGGGAGGCAUUGGAAUGAUCUGCACAGCAAAUUAUGCCGCCAGGAAGUUUGGUGUCCGCUCAGCAAUGCCGGGCUUCAUCGGUCGGAGGCUGUGUCCCGAGCUGCUCUUUGUGAAGCCCAACUUCCAGAAGUAUACAAAAGCUGCUGCGGCCUCCCGCGCAGUCUUUUGCCUAUUUGACCCGGACUUUGAGGCCGGGAGCCUCGAUGAAGCCUACCUCGAUAUCACAGACUACUGCCGCGCCCACGAAACUACAGGCAAUGGUAAGCAUGGCGCAGGUGAAGCAGUGGCAGAGGAAAUUCGGCGGAGGGUGCGAGAGGAGACACUGCUGACCUGCUCCUGUGGAAUUGGCCCCAACCGUCUCCUGGCCAAGGUGGCGUCGGACAUGCGCAAGCCGGAUGGGCAGUAUGCCAUUCCUGGGGAGCACAGCGCCAUCAGCCGCUUUGUGGACCCGCUGCCCAUCCGCAAGGUCCCAGGCAUUGGCAAGGUGUCGGAGCAGGUGCUGAAGGCCCUGGGCGUGGAGGUGUGCGCAGACCUAUUGGCCAAGCGCGGCCUGCUGGCUGCGCUGUUCUCACCCAUCUCCGCAGACUUCUUCAUGGAGGUGGGCCUGGGCGUGGGCCGCACACAGCACAGCGCCCCUGUUGAGGACGGCGCAGUCGGCCGCAAGGGAAUCAGCGUCGAGCGCACCUUUGCCGCUCUCUCCACCCCCGCCGACCUCGAGGCCAAGUGCGCGGAGCUGGCCGAGAAGCUGGCAGAGGACGUGACAGGGGAGGGGCUGAAGGGGCGCACGAUCACUCUGAAGCUCAAGACGACCAAUUUCGAGGUGCGCACACGUGCCGCCACGCUGUCGCGCCACAUCAGCGCCUCCGAGGACAUCUUGCGCGAGGCCCUGCGGCUGCUGCGAGCCGAGCUGCCCAUCACCAUCCGCCUCAUGGUGAGUCACCUGCUGCUUGUCAUAGUAGUCGUCAUGCAAAACUGGGCAAUCUGGCCCCUUCUCCCCUCCCUGCACAACAUCUGCAUGCAAAUUGCACAUUGCUCUCGGUGA